GAUUGCUCCUGUCUGCCUCGCUGCUCAGAUUGGUUUGCGUCUGUAACUCCGUAUAGCUUUGUUUUGAAUCUCUUACUUUUAUUCAUUGUUGCUUAUUUUUUUUAUUACCUUAUAUGUAAUAUUGCCUACCACACUAAUCUGACGUCGCUAGCUUGUAAUAUUUGAAUCUAAAUCGCUGUUACAACGCAUUUGCAUUUGCAGCGCUAGCUUGAUAACUUGUUAACAGUCUCUCGCGCGCUCCUUUUUCAACGCGUUCUUCAAACAGCUGUGGUAAGUCGGAUCAGUCUACAAACACGGUGAGUCAUGUCAUCCUCUCCCAGCAUUGCUAUCUGUUCCAUUUGCCACAUGUUUACCAUAGCUCUCUCUGUCAGCGACGAGGGAUUUACAUGUCAUAAAUGUAGGGAAAUAGUCAGGCUGACAGAGAGAAUCUCAGAAUUAGAGACACGCAUCCAAACUUUAAUCGAGGAUAGUAAGAAUGCAAGGGCUUCAGAUACUGUUUUGGAUGCGACUAGCUUAGUGAACUCUGUACAUUGUUCGGUUCCGGCUGUAGAGCCCGCGCAGCAGGGCACUUGGGUAACGGUGAGGCGGCCUAGCCGCGGAAAACACCACUCUUCCGUUCCAAUAAGAACAUCAAACAGGUUCUCCCCACUCAGUGAUACACCCACUGAGAAUCCUGUUGAAAGUGCCCUAGUUAUUGGCGAUUCUAUUACACGGAACGUGAAAAUAGAGACACCAGCCACCAUAGUCACAUGUUUGCCGGGAGCCAGAGCACCUGACAUCAAAGCAAAUUUAAAAGUGCUGGCUAAUGCUAAUCGUAAAUACUCUAAGAUUAUUAUUCACGUCGGCACUAAUGAUGUUCGACUUCGCCAGUCGGAGAUCACUAAAAUUAACAUUAAAGAGGUGUGUGAACUCGCAAGUACAAUGUCAGGAGAAGUAAUUUGCUCUGGCCCCCUUCCUGUUCGUCGGAGUGAUGAGAUAGUUAGCAGAUUAUCAUCACUCAGUGGCUGGCUGUCUAAGUGGUGUCCGCAAAAUAAUAUAGGUUUCAUAGACAAUUGGAAAAGUUUUUGGGGCAGACCUGACCUGUUAAAAAGAGAUGGUAUUCAUCCCUCCCGGGAUGGUGCUGCUCUUCUCUCUAGCAAUAUGGCACAUAGUCUUAGAACUGAAACAUGACAAACUGGGGCCCAGGUCAGAAAGCAGACAGACUGGCUAAACCGACCGUCUGCUAGCUGCCUCACGUUACAGAAGUCAGAAAAUUCAGAUAACUCUCAACACAUAGAAACUCUUACACCUAGAUAUUUUCAAAUAGAGACUGUGUCUGUACCCCGAAUUAGUAAAAACAAAAAACUUCCAAACCCAUUUAAUGGUAAAAAUUUAAUUGAUGUUCAACAAAUAAAAAAUAGAGAUAAUAAUGCUAAACAAAUGAUAAAACUCGGGUUGUUAAAUAUUAGAUCCCUUUCUUCAAAAUCACUUAUUGUUAAUGAUAUUAUCAAAGAUAAUAAUCUAGAUGUGCUGUGUUUGACAGAAACUUGGCUAAAACCGGACGAUUACAUUACUUUAAAUGAGUCUAGUCCUCAAGGUUAUGAUUAUCGACACAAUGCCUGUCAGAAAGGCAAAGGGGGAGGUGUUGCUGUAAUCUAUAGUAAUAUUUACAGUAUUAGUCAGAAGUCUUUCAAAUAUAAUUCCUUCGAAACUAUGGUACUUUACGUAACAUUAUGUAAGUUGACAUUUGUGCUGGCUACUGUAUACAGGCCACCAGGACACAAUACAGACUUUAUCAAAGAAUUUGCUGAUUUCUAUCAGAGUUAGUACUAGCUGCAGAUAAAGUCCUUGUUGUUGGUGAUUUUAAUAUUCAUGUAGAUAAUAAAAAAGACGCAUUAGGAUUGGCAUUUGCAGAUAUUCUAAACUCUAUUGGUGUUAGACAACAUGUGUCAGGACCCACUCAUUGUCGUAAUCAUACUUUAGAUCUAAUAUUGUCACAUGGAAUCGAUAUUGAUGCUGUUGAAAUUCUGCAGCAGAGUGACGACAUCUCAGAUCAUUAUCUAGUCUCGUGUAUACUACAUUUAGUCAAGGCGGCUAAACUGCCUCCAUGCCAUAAAUAUGGUAGAACCAUCACUUCUACCACUAAAGAUUGCUUUAUAAAUAAUCUUCCUGAUCAUUUUCAUCGCCUUAGCAUACCAGACAGCUUAGAAGACCUCGAUGUUGCAACAGAAACAUUUAGCAGAAACAUUUCCAGCACAUUAGACUCAGUUGCUCCUUUGCGUUUAAAAAAGAUUAAGGAAAUUAAUCCAAUGCCAUGGUACAAUGAGCACACUCGGGCCCUAAAGUUAGCAGCCAGAAAAAUGGAGCGCAGCUGGAAGAAAUCAAAACUAGAAGUAUUUCGUAUUUCGUGGAGAGAGAGAAUGAUUGAGUACAGAAAGGCCUUAAAAUCUGCUAGAUCUGCCUAUUUUUCAAAACUCUUAGAAGAAAAUAAACACAACCCUAGGUAUUUAUUUGAUACAGUGGCUAAAUUAACAAGAAAUAAAGCUUCAACUUCUGAUGUUUCCAAAGAACACAGCAGUAAUGACUUUAUGAACUUCUUUACUUGCAAGAUUGAUAAUAUUAGAGAAAAAAAAAUUAACCAUGCAACCGUCUACAACAGUAUCAUGUCAGAUAGUGCAUUGUAGUGUCCCUGAGGAAAAAUUCAAUUCAUUUACUGCUUUAGGAGAGGAAGAAUUGUCUAAACUUGUUAAAUCAUCAAAAUCAACAACAUGUAUGUUAGACCCUAUACCGACUAAGCUAUUGAAAGAAAUGCUUCCAGAGGUCAUAGACUCUUCUCAAUAUCGUCAAUUCAUCUUUAUCAUUAGGAUAUGUACCAAAAACUUUUAAGCUGGCUAUUAUUAAACCUCUUAUUAAAAAACCACAACUUGAUCCUAGAGAAUUAGUCAAUUACAGGCCGAUCUCAAAUCUCACUUUUCUGUCAAAAAUGCUAGAAAAGGCAGUAUCAUCACAGCUAUGUUCCUUUUUAGAAAGAAAUGGUAUCUGUGAGGAUUUCCAGUCAGGAUUUAGACCGUACCAUAGUACUGAGACUGCUCUCAUUAGAGUUACUAAUGAUUUGCUCUUAUCAUCAGAUCGUGGUUGUAUCUCUCUAUUAGUGUUACUGGAUCUUAGUGCAGCAUUUGACACUAUUGAUCACAAUAUUCUUUUAAAUAGACUCGAAAAUUAUGUUGGCAUUAGUGGAAUUGCAUUGUCAUGGUUCAAAUCAUACUUAUCUGACCGUUAUCAGUUUGUAGUAGUAAACGAAGACAUGUCAUAUCGAUCACAAGUUCAAUAUGGAGUACCACAAGGCUCAGUACUAGGACCAUUGCUGUUCACUCUGUACAUGCUACCCUUGGGAGAUAUCAUUAGGAAGCAUGGCGUUAGUUUUCACUGUUACGCUGAUGAUACUCAGCUCUAUAUUUCUUCGCGCCCUGACGAAACUUACCAAUUCACAAAAUUAACGGAAUGCAUAGCUGAUAUAAAAAAAUUGGAUGAGCAGUAAUUUCCUACUACUAAAUUCAGAAAAAACAGAGAUUCUAAUUUUUGGACCAAAAACUUCUUCACGUAAUAACCUAGAAUAUUGUCUAACACUUGAUGGCUGCUCUGUUAAGUCUUCGUCGUCAGUUAGGAACCUGGGUGUGCUCUUUGAUACCAAUCUUUCAUUUGAAGGCCAUGUUACUAGCAUCUGUAAAACCGCAUUCUUCCAUCUUAAAAAUAUAUCUAAACUACGACAUAUGCUCUCAAUGAAAAAUGCAGAACAGUUAGUUCAUGCGUUCAUGACCUCAAGGCUAGAUUACUGUAAUGCUCUACUGGGUGGUUGUUCUGCUCGCCUGAUAAAUAAACUACAGCUCGUACAAAAUGCAGCAGCUAGAGUUCUUACUAGAACCAGGAAGUAUGACCAUAUUAGCCCAGUUCUGUCAACACUGCAUUGGCUUCCUGUUAAACAUCGUAUAGAUUUUAAAAUCUUGCUAAUUACUUACAAAGCACUAAAUGGUUUAGCUCCCCAGUACCUGAGCGAGCUCCUAAUUCAUUAUAGUCCUUCACGUCUAUUGCGAUCUCAGAAUUCAGGCCAGCUGAUAAUACCUAGAAUAUCAAAAUCAACUGCAGGUGGUAGAUCCUUCUCCUAUUUGGCACCUAAACUCUGGAACAAUCUUCCUAGCAUUGUUCGGGAAGCAGACACACUCUGUCAGUUUAAAUCUAGACUAAAAACGCAUCUCUUUAACCUGGCAUACACAUAACACAUUACCAAUUUAUAUUUUCAAAUCCGUUAAAGGAUUAUUAGGCUGCAUAAAUUAGGUCAGCCGGAACCGGGAACACUUCCUAUAACACCUGAUGUACUCGUUACAUCAGAAGAAGAAUGGCAUCUACGCUAAUAUUAGUCUUUCUGUUUAUCCCGAGGUUCACCGUAGUCAACCGGAUCCGGGCUGUAUCCAGGUGAGACCAAGGACCUGCACCUUGACACGACCACAACGCAGCCCUGACGUAUCAGCAGAGAUUGAGUCAACUAGAUCAUCCACUGUGAGGGCCUCAUCGACACGACAGCCACGACACAGUUCCUCAACAACCGUCCAUACCGGCGUGAUGAAUACGAUCCUCAAUUGGAUGGAACUGAAAUAAAUACUUUUAAUGUUGCGAUCCUAUUGGACUUAUGAUAGCAACCUGAAUUGUAACAAAGCACUGUUGGCCAGAGGAGAACUGGCACCCCGACUAAGCCUGGUUUCUCCCAAGGUUUUUUUUCUCCAUUUUAACACCAAUUUGCCACUUGUCUGCCACCUGAUGUCACCUGAUGGAGUUUGGGUUCCUUGCCGCUGUCGCCUCUGGCUUGCUUAGUUGGGGACACUUGACUUGACAUUUGAUAUUCAACAGUGCUUUGAUCUGCCUGCAUUGACACUAUUCUUUAAGAGCUGCUGUGCAGCCAAACAAUGUACCAGUUAUCAAUGUAAAGCUGCUUUGACACAAUCUACAUUGUAAAAAGCGCUAUAUAAAUAAAGGUGAAUUGACUUGAC